AUGCCUGCCUACCACUCCGUCUUCCUCGAUGAGCCCAACCAGCAGCUAAUUGGCAACUUUGCGCUCCUUCCCCUCCGCACACGGACCCGCGGACCCGCACAACAGCUCCCAGCGCUUCCCGCCGAUGUAACAGAGCUCACCAUCGAUGCAUCACAUGAGUCGUACGACCCUCUGGACGAGAUCCUCGCUCUGUUCCGCGCAAACACAUUCUUCCGCAAUUUUGAGAUCAAGGGCCCCGCCGACCGCGUGCUGAUCUACGGUAUCCUGUAUGUGAGCGAGGUCUUGGGCAAGAUCAGGCCGGGUAUGGGGCGGAGGGAAGCUGAGAAGGCGGUCAUGAACCUCGCACUCGACACCAACUUCUCGAUCCCAGGCGAUGCGGGAUUCCCCUUGAACCAGGCUUUCGAGGCGCCGCCAGACAGGAACUCAGCCGAGGUUCUGAGACAGUACAUUAUGCAGAUGCGACAGGAGUUGGCUACAAGGCUGUUGAACAGAGUGUAUGCGGACGAGACAGGUGCGCCAAGCAAGUGGUGGCUGAGCUACACAAAGAGGAAGUUCAUGGGCAAGGCGUUGUAGACGGGCAGGAAUUCUACUGGAUCGAUGAGGACACGACAUAGGAUCAAGGUGGCUGUCGAUACCACUGCUGCCAAAUAAGAAAGACAAUUGAACCUUGCCAGGCUGUUG